CUGAUGAUAGGUUGUUCAAUCAAAUUCAGAAUACCCUGGAUCCUUCUAUUGAUAGUAUCAUUACUCAUUGUGAUAUUGUCAAAGAAAUGUGGGAAUACUUGGAGUCUAUGUAUGCCAGUAAACAAGAUCUCUCUUAUGUUCAUCAAUUACUGAUGCACUACUCUAGACCGGAGAUGAAGGACCAGACGUUGUUUCAAUACUACAAUGAAUGUAAACAGAUUUUUGAGGAAAAGCGAUCCCGAUUCCCUAUUACUGCUGAUGUUAAGAGUAUGCAAGAACAAGAGGAGCGAACAUUUGUUCAUGGUAUUUUGGCUGGGUUUGAUCCACAAUAUGAGGUAUCAAGGAGUCAAAUCAGAACAUUUCAUGGUGUUUUGGCUGGGCUCUGUCUCUCUAAUAAUUGUAAAUAUAUAAUGGUUCAGAUUUAGGAGUGUUUACAUAUGUUACAAUCUACACUGGAUUUAUCAACUUUACUGCUCCAUAGAAAUUAAUAUCUGGGAAUAUACUAAUAUCUAAAGGGUCAGUUCGGAAUUUCAAAUUCACAUCUUCUUGGCAGUUAACACUGUGAGAUACCUGUCGAAUGUCUGAGUUACUCUUUCAUUCUUGAAUUUUGCGGGUUCAUGUAUCUGUUAUUUGAUACAUCCUUAGGCUGAUCCAAAAUCACUGAUUAAGGAGUCUCUUUUAAAAUGACAAGUUGAGAUGGUUAGAUCUUCAAAUGGAAUUUGUGUAUCCAAUAAUGUCAAAACAUUACACCUUUUUUGUCAGAGAAGUCCAAAAAUGGCUGGAACCGUCAAUUGGGGCACUGCUACCGUUAUUGGAGUAUUUGCUGGCAUGCUAUAUGGAGGUAGCAAGGAGGCAGCAGCUUCAGUUGUAAGUAUGCAUUUUGUGAAUUAUACAUUCUGGAGGAGGAAUAAAUGUCAAGCUGUUAUCUUGCCAUGAUUAGCUGUGAGCUCUUUUGACAGAGCAAGGAUGCAGAGGUGAUGCUGAAGCUUGGGAGCACACCAGAUAAGCGUGAACAGUAUCGCCUGAUGAGAGACCAUGGAGAAAAGAUUUAAUCUUCUUGCUGAGAAGCGUGGAGUGCAUGAUGUCUAUAAUGUUGUUGGAGCUGGAUCUGCUACUUCUGCAGCUUUUGGUCUUAUUAUGCCAGGGUCAUUCUACUGGCGUGCAAGAAAUGUUAUGUUGGGUUCUGCUUUAGAUGCUAUAUUUUGUUUUCCACUUGUUGUUUCGUUGUUCGCUGAUCCCAAACUCUUUUGAGCCUCCUUCAAUUCGGGUCUGCAAGACUGUAAGGCUCCAAGGCUGUUCUUUCCAUUGGUACACUUACAUUGCAGCAGGUUCGGGUCAUAUGUAGUAGAACUUCCCUUUUCUUCUGGUUUAAUGUAAGGCAGGAUGCUAAUACUACCGCUCAAGCUUCCUCUGGUGAAUUACUAGUCGGUUAGGUUUGGUUUUAAAAAUAAUCUUAUUCUUCUCUCUUCUUUUCAUGUCGUUAAGAUGGUUGUAACUUGUAAGAUAAAAAAUGUUGUAUUAGUGAGUGGAGGAUAAUUCAAUGCAAUUGCAAACUGAAGUACACGUUCAUUG